AUGACGGAGGAGACAUGCACCCAGCGAGCUGAGUGUCAGGGCUUUGUGAAGAACUGCAAGCCAGUCGACACCUCCACCGUCACCACCACAGAGCAAGAGAGCGGUGCAGACGAGAGUGAAGCUGUGGAGGCAAGCAAACCCUCCGCAUGGAUGCAAAAGGAUCAAUCGGCUUGGCGCCCACACUUCGGCGGAAUCCCCUCGCCGGUGGCAACACCGCCUGCGCUUAUCGGCAGAAAAAAUAUCACCGAUUCACAGCACGUCACUCCAACCAACAACGACAGGAGUUAUUUCUUUUUUUUUUACGUCUCUUUUCCUGUCAUCAUGCUGCGCCGUCAAGCGCGAGAGCGCCGGGACUACAUCUACCGGAAAGCUCUGCAGCUCCGCGACGCAGCCAUCGCUGAGAAGCGCGCAAAGCUCAAGGCGUCCCUGGCGACUGGCAAGCCGCUGGACCCGUCGAUCGCAAACGACAAGCAACUCCGCGAAGACUUCAAGUACGAUGAGUCGCUGCCGUCGACAAACCUCCAGUCCAAGGCCAAAGAGAAGGACGCCGAGCUGCUCGACGUCGACGAUGAAUACUCCCUCACCUCCGGCCUCAUUGACCCCCGUCCCCUCAUCACCACCUCUCGUUCGCCGUCUGCGCGCCUCAGCACUUUUGCCAAGGAGAUGCGUCUGCUCCUGCCCACUUCCAUCCGUCUGAAUCGAGGCAAUCUAGUCUUGCCAGACCUGGUCGCCAGCGCCAAUGCUGCUGCUCUGACGGACAUGGUGCUUCUGCACGAACAUCGAGGCACGCCCACCGCGAUCACCAUCUCGCAUCUCCCCCACGGCCCGACCGCCAGCUUUUCGCUACACAACGUCGUUCUGCGCGCGGAUAUCCCGAACUCGGUCCGCGGCACGGUGUCGGAGAGUUACCCGCAUCUGAUCUUCGAGGGCUUCACAACGAAGCUGGGCCGUCGUGUCGUGCAGAUCCUCAAACACCUCUUCCCGCCGCGCGAGGGCGGUGGGAAACUGGGCAACCGCGUGGUCACGUUCCGGAACAAGGAAGACGCCAUCGAGGUGCGGCACCACGUCUUCGUGCGGACGGGGCCCCAGGACGUCGAGUUGGCCGAGGUUGGGCCGCGCAUGACCAUGAGGCUGUUCGAGAUCCGGAGCGGCACGUUGGAGAAGAACUCGGGCGGCGAUGUCGAAUGGGCUCUGACGCAGUACACCCGGACGAGCCGGAAGAAGGAUUACCUGUGA